GGGGGACGCGGGUGCCGCAUGGCUGCGGGGCAAUGGUGGGGCUGGUCCCCGCGGCCGGGAGGGCCCCGAGCUUCCUGCAGCGGCGCCGGGCAGGAAGCGGCUGUUGGCGGCGGCUUUCCUGCUCCGGGGAUCCCAGGCGGCCUGAGCGGGUGGUGCCGGGCCCGGCCCCGGCGAGGGUCGCGUCCUUCCCCUUCGGCCCUGCAGGACGGGGACCGGGGGCUGCGGUUCGGGACUCCGCUUCCCGGCGGGAGGGAAGGGGGGGUCGGUCCCGCAGGGGUGACCUCGGGGGGAAGAGAGGGGCCGCCCCGCGCCCGCAGCCCCGCACCGGGCCCGCAUCUGAUGCCCUUGGAGCUUCGCUGAGUCAGACGGGGUGGGAGCGAGGCGUCCCCCCGACCUUCCCGGGCAUUGGCUCGGGAGCGGGCGGGCAGCGCUGGGGCGGGCCGGGCACCGGGAUAAACCCCCGGAGCACGGCCCCAGCCCGCGUGUCGAGGGCCCGGUGGCGGGAGGAUGCUCCUCAGGGCGCGGAUCCUCUGCUGCGUGCUCCUCGCUCUGCUCCAGCGCGGUAAGAGCAGCCCGGAGCUGGGGCUGUGCGGUGCGGUGAGGGGGUACCAGCCGGGGGGACUGCAUAGAGGUGCCCAAGAGGUCAGGCACAGGGUCUGGCCUGGCAGCGAGUCCCCACGGGGCCCCUGGCCCGUUUCUCCCCUCCAUUCCAACGUGUCCUCUCCUGCCCUACCCUUGGAGGAUGCUCUGGGCAGGGUUUGCCCACAGGGCUGGUGCUUGAUCGGAAACCAUUCUGCCUCUGUUGCCAAUGCCAAGGCAGAGCCAGGAGCCUCCUGCUCCCGUUUCCUACCCUUGGCCCUGUCACCUCUGUUCUGCUCAGCUCAGCCUGGGAGGAGGUGGAGGAGGCAUGUCUGAGGUGCUGGGAGCAUCCCAGCUCAUGCCCCAGUGCACCCCUAGCACCCCGUGUCUCUUUGCUGCAGGGUGUGGGGACACAGAGGAUGGGGACCUCAAGGAUGAAGGUUACUACGUGUACCUGGAUGAGGAUGAACUGCCGGAGGUGCUGGGGGGGGCAGCCCGCUGCCAGGACACCUACCAGGACUGGAUCUCCCUCUACUGCUGGGCUCCCUUCCACGCCACCCUCAUGACCACCCCUGAGGGCAGCCGCUGCCACUGGGACCAGAUCAGCAGGUGGGUCAGCGCCGGUCCCGGUGGUGCCGAAUGCACACCUAGAGUGGGGCCACUGCACUGGACGUGGUCUCACGCUGCCCCCCCUGCAGCGCCUACAGUGAGCUCUCUGGCUGUACCCAGCUGCUGGCCCAGCUCCUCUCCUGCCCCUGGCCCAGCUCCGUCCUCGAUGCCUUCUUCCUGCAGGUUCAUGCUGAAUACUUCACCAACUGCUCGGGGGCUGAGCCCCCCCGGCCGAGUGCGAUGCCCCCCGGGCUGGCUCUGGCUGUGGCCGUGGGGCUCAGCUGCCUCGUACCCCUCGCAGCUGCCGUUGUGCUCAGCAGAGCCCCAAAGGGGGCUCACACCUCAGCCCCUGCCUGUCCCCAUGCCUGUGAGGAGCCAGCAGCUGGCCCCUUCCUUCCCAGCCCUGGGAACUGAAGGGUGGGCCAGGGGUGCAGGGGACAGGGCAGAGCAGUGGUGAGGGUCUGGGCAUCCCUGGGAAUGGAGUGGGUCCCCAUGGCACUGGGGAGGGGGAAGCUGGGCCUGGGGCUCCGGAUGCCUGCAUCUGCCCCAAAGCAGGGGAGAGUCAGGAGAAGGAGACUGGGCUCCUGACCCUGCCUGGGAUGAGCCCUUUCCCCAGCUGGCACGGACCAAUGGGGAUGCCAGGCUAGGGGUGGGGAGCCCCAAGCUUUGGCUGGCAGCCACUGUCCUGUCCCUGCCCAUGGCGUCCCUGCCCGUCCCCUCCGGACACCCCAGGAGCCCGGCAGCCGUCCCAGCCCCUGGGCUGUGCUGAGAUCAUUGGGUGUCUCCCUGGCGGAGGCUCCUGCAGCCCAGGCGGAGGCUUCACUGGCUCCAACCAAGAGCUGGACCAGGGGGCUCCAACCCUGCGGCCCCCGGAGCGCCAGGGCCCUGAUGGCUUCCAGAUGCAGCCGCUCGCCCAUGAAAGGUCCCGCGCUGCUGCGGGGCGGUGGGGCAGGGUCAGGCUGCUGUGCCGGGGAGCGCAGAGCCCGGCAAGAUCAGCUUUCCGCAGCAGGGAGGGUCCCUCCGAGCUGCGCUUCAUCACGCUCCGAUUCCACUCAGUGCAUCCCAUGGGCGGGUUGUUAAAGGAGAAGCUUUGGACGCACGCUCUGCCCUGGCCCGGGGGUGAAAUGAGCUCACUCGGCCUCAGCCUGGUCCUGGGGUGGGAAUGCCGAGGGGCAGCGCUGCUGCUGGGGGGGGGGGGUCGGGCCCCACGGGCAGGAGCGGCGCCAGGAGCGAAGGGCGCGGGCAGGGCGGUGCGGGAGGAAGGCGGCGUGGCCGGGGACCGGCGACGUCGGCCAAGCCUCUGCCCUGUCCCCACCUCCCCGCCUGCAUCGGCCUCACACCGCGGGCAGGUCACGCCGCCACCCGACCCUCCUUGGCUGAGGCAGGGGACCCCCGGGGCUACCGCGGCGAUGCCGGCCAUGGGGCAGGUGCCCCGGGGGAGGCAGGAGCCGCGGUGUCGGGGCUGCGGGUCCCCUGAGCCCCGGGCGGCAGCGUCUGUCCGGGGACACGGCGCUUCCCCAUCCACUCCCCCCGCUGCCGGGCUGCCUGCCCUCCACGCAGGAGACGAGGGAUUUCACAACCCAGCCCAGACAGGAUUAAAGAGAAAUACACAAGUAAACAAA